UCACAGCUGUAUUUCUCCUCAUCGGCUUAGUUUCAUUGUCAUCAUUCAUAUACCUAUUUAGAAUUUUAAAUCAACAGCACGAGUUCAACUUACUGUGGUUUUCGUAUGUUUAACGUAUCCGGAAGCUUUUGUAUGCCUAUACAAAGGCGCUCAUUUUUGUGGAUCUUGUUUUGGAAACUUUCAGAAUCUAGAUUAUAGUAUAAACUAAGGCGCUUUCUCACCUAAACCGGAAACAAAUUUCUCUAAUAGCAAUCGAUGAGCACGAUCGCCACGUGGUUAGCUGUUGAGCACGUGAUUAUCAAAAAAAUUGUCCUUUCAAUUUUAAACAUAGUAUCAUGACGUUAAAAUUCUCUGAGCAAAAUUUAAAAAAAAAUAAAAUCUUUAAAUCGGCUUGAGGGUUGCAAACUGCAACGUCAAAAAAUUCUGCCACCCUGCGGUUAAUCUUAUCACACUCGAGUGCGGCCCCGAGAGUGAUAUUUAAUUCAAUAUUCUCCACCAAAACAAUGUUAACAACACAUUAAACGCUUGUUAAAAGUUAAUCUGUUUAAAAUGGAUCAGAAUUUUGUGAUUUUGGGAGCCGGCAUAAACGGUUUGGCCUGUGCCUAUCGCAUCGCGCGACUUUUCUCAGGAACCAGCAUCCAAAUAAUCGCCGAACGCUUCAGUCCCGAUACGACCAGCGACGUAGCAGCGGGACUCUGGGAACCGUACCUUCUCGGAGACACCCCAAGGGAGUCGGUGAGGAAGUGGUCUCGUGAAACGUAUGAAUUUUUUCAUGGUCUUUGGAAAUCCGGUCAAGCAGAAGAGUGUGGCCUAUGUCUGAUCCCUUACGUGGCCCUAAGCGAGGAAGAUUCACUGGAUAAUUCGUUCUGGUCGGAUUUUGUUUUCGGAUACAGAGAUAUAUCGGAAGACAGAUUACAACAACAAGGCAAGGAACAUGGCAAAAAUUACAGAUCUGGUGCAGAAUUUGUCACAUUCACCUGUGAGCCUACUAAGCUAAUGCGAUACUUCACAAAAGCUCUGAUCAAGCAUGGUGCUAAAUUUCACAAACGGAGAGUAGAAGACUGCAUUUCUGAGGAUUUAGUAGCUGGAAGCAAACAUUCGAUCGUCAUCAACUGCCUAGGCUUAGGAGCAUCUCAAUUGGUGCAGGACCCAAAGUUGAUUCCAUGUCGAGGGCAAAUCCGGCGAGUUCGUGCUCCGGGAAUGUUUCACGUGCUCAUAAACGAUACUAAGUAUAUAAUUCCAAACACGGAUCGCGUUACUCUGGGUGGAACUCAGCAGAUGGGCGAUUCGGAUUCUCGAGUACGUCAAACAGAUACCGAUCUUAUUGGAGGUGGAUGCUGUGAGCUCAACCCUACUUUGUCCAGGGCCUCGGUGCUAGGAGAUUUGGUAGGAUUCCGACCUGUACGGGAUGCUGUCCGUUUGGAACUGGAAUGGAUGAACUUAGGUAAUCAAAAAGCUGCCGUUAUUCAUAACUACGGUCACGGAGGAAGCGGAAUAACGCUCUGUUGGGGAUGCGCUGGUGAUGUUUUGAAUCUGAUAACUCAGCUUAACCAGCCAAAGGAUGAUGAAGUUCAAAAACAAGGCCUCAUGACCCUUUCAAAGUUGUAGGC